AUGCUGAUGUUAACUGAGUCAGAAGAUGCAACUGUACUAGUCGGAUCUCUGGUUUGAAAUAUUUCAGUUUUUCGUUAAGUUAUUUAUUUUAGCUUUUGUUUUUUACCUGCGGUUGGGUUUUCUACGCAAAACAGCUGUUCCGUAAUUAUGAAGUACGCAACAGGUAACUUUAAAAAGUUUGUAUUAAUAAGAACGAAUUUUUUUCAGAACUGUCCAGAUUCUGUUUUCUUUUACGUUUGCAUUCUCUUGCGCAAUGUUCGAGUUGAUUAUUUUCGAAAUUGCAAACAUCAUGGCGCAAUCGUGAGUAUUUUUCUAUGUACAACUGGAAUUUCGGAACUUUAGAUCUCGGUUUCGAGCUUGGAAAUUUUGUCUCACGGGUGUCCUGAUUAUAUUGAUUGGCGUUCUUCCUUUUUAUUUUUGUUUCUCGAUCGUCCGUGCUUUAGGAUUGGGUUAGUUUCAACUUCCAGGAGUACAAAUAAAAAAAUUAUUAAUUCAAAAGCGGAAACUAUUUAUCAAAAGCUAAUUAGUUCUUAAAAUUAUUUAGUUGAAAAAAAUAGUUGAAAAAAAUUCAGUAGCAGUUUAGAAAUAUGAGGAAAUCCACUGUGUAUUGGUAAAAUGUUUAAGAGGAAUUUCAAGGUUCGAAGUGUUCAGAAAGUUUUUUUUCGAAAUAAUUUGAAAAGUCUCUUCGGAUUCAUUUUCAAUAACUUUUCCCAAAAAAUUAAAUUUUUUCAGUCCGGUCUCGUUAUCAUUUUCCAACAGCAGUCCUGGCUUGGUUGACUUUUAUCUUCUUUUUCUGGAGAUCUGGAGAAUCGUUUCCUAUUCUCAGUCACAAGCACGGUUUGAAAGCACCAAAAAAAUUUUAGAAUCAUGAAAAAAUUAAGGAAUUUUCACGAUCGAACAAGCGAUUUCUCGAAUUGGCGUCCUUGGCGUCACCGUGAUGGCUCUUCUGUCCGGAUUCGGUGCAGUCAACGCGCCUUAUACUUCUAUGACUUUUUUCAUGAAGCCUGUGAGUGGGAAAUUCUUGGAAAACUUAUCAACUUUAGUUUUUAGGUUGAGAGCAAGGAUAUUGAAACAAUGGAGCAUCGCCUUCUCCAAACGAUGGAUAUCAUUGUAUCCAAAAAGAAAAGAAUCGCUCAUUACUCCAAGGAACGCGACCGCUUGGCUCCCACAAGAGGUGAGAUAGAAAUCUGAGAAAGGAAACAUAAAAGUCUUUUUCAGUAGAAAAAGUAGAAGACGACAGUUUCUUCGCUAAAGUUAUGACGACUGUUGGAUAUUCCCCAUCGAUCAGAAGUCGGAACAUCAACGACGUCAUCGAGUACGAUUUUUGAUUGUAAAAGUUGAUCAUUCGUUUUUUUCAUGAACUUUCCCACCUUUUAUCCGAUUUUUUUCAAAAGAUUUCAAGUUUGGAGAGAAAAAAAUAUUAAAAUUUUGAUAAAAAAACCCAAGAAUAAAUUGUAAUGGCAGAAGAUGCUUCUCAUGUCUUCACAUGUAUAUUUGCUUCAAAAAUUAAUUAAUUUUUUUAAAUAUUUGUCAUCUUUCACAUUUUCUAUUGAAUUAUCCUUUUUUUCAAGAAUUGGAAGAUUAGAUUUUAUUUAUGAAUUCGCUCAAAUAGUUUGCGAAAGAGAAACUUUUUUCGUAGAUAGAAAUUUACUUGAUUUUGAAGGACUUGGGAGAUAAGUUCAAAAUAAAUGAUCCAAAAUCCACAUUGAAUUUAUCUUGUUUGUAAAAAAAUAUAAUACUAAACUUUUUUAGAGGAUUGGAAAACGAAAUAAGACACAUGGAAGAACUGAGUCGUUACAUAUUCACGGGUAUCGCCGAGCUUUACGAACUUCAGAGUCGUCUCGAAUUCAGGUAAUUUGCGGUUCAAUAAAAAUAAAACAGCUUCUAAAAGGACCGAAUAAGUAGUUUCUAUAGCAGUAAAAUCAAAGUGGUCCUUAUAGACGUUUGAGGGUCGUUCAAUUUUAUUCAAAAAAGUCACUUUUUUUGCUUUUCGCAUGGAAAUGCUUCUUCUCUUAGAGUUCAUAAAAAUGGUCGGCUAGCAUGCCCCCUAUUAAAGCCACUAAGGGAAAAUCCUAAAAGGAAAAUUUCGCAAACUUUAGUGACCCCUAUAGGGAUUGUUAAAGUGCUCCCUAAAAAAAACCCUUCAAGGGCUCUUAAAAUUGCACCUAUAGGGAUCACUCUGGAGUUCCUAAGAUAUUAAAAAACGUGGUUACAGCAAAACUCUUCUCGGAAAAUACUUCAACUUCAUUGGCCACUUCUUUUCGCUUUAUUGCGUGUGGAAAAUUUUUAUCUCGCUUGUCAACAUUGUUUUUGAUAGAGUCGGAAAGGUGAGCUAAUAGGAAUUUUCAUGAAUAGAAAACAUAAUUACAGGUUGAUCCUGUCACUCGAGCAAUGGAAAUCGGGGUUCAUUACAUGGGUUUUGAAUUAGACGUGAGUACCAAUUUUCUCAUUUUGAAUAAAAUUUUCACUUGAAUAUUUUCAGGUUCGUUUCUGGUCACAACACAUAUCUUUCAUUCUGGUUGGAGUUAUCGCGGUCACUUCGAUUCGAGGUGAAAUUUACAUCCCUUUUCUAUAAAGUUGAAAAAUUCGAAAGGUUUUUGAAGUCAUAAAAAAGAAAAAAGGAGUUUCUGAAUGCUUGAAAUAAUUUCAGGCCUUCUGAUCAACCUGACAAAGGUUUUCCAAGCGAUGUCCAGCCCAAAGACGUCGAAUUUUGUCGUCCUGAUGCUUGCUCAAAUCAUGGUUAGUACAGUUUCUUCCAUUUUCUGUUUGGGAAAAUUCUAGUUGUUAUUGCUAAAAAGUUUUUAGCUUGAAUGUCUUUAAAAAAUUAGUUUUUCAAAAAUAUCGGAGCUCUGAGCACAUCAAUUGAACUUUAGGGUUAGGAAAAGAAGCAAUCUGAACACCAUUUCUGAAAAAAAUUUCCUUUAUUCGAUAUUUUUGAUGCGUUCCCAAUCAAUAAAUGUCUGAAACAGUAAUCGAUUCUAAGAGAGAACAAGCUUCUUUAACUGCAAAAAAAUACGCAGUAGUGAAAAUGUGAAAACCUUUUUUCAGGGAAUGUAUUUUGUAUCGACCGUUCUUCUCAUGAGGAUGAACAUGCCUCUGGAGUACAGGUACAUUUUUCUAUUUUAUUGAAAGUUUGAUUCAUGACCCGAUUUGGAUUGAGGCUAAAAAUAUAUAAAAUGAGAAAAUUUCUAUUUCUCAAGUUUCAAGUGUUUUUUUACUUUGAUUACAACCCGUAGAUUUCUGAAAAAAAUUUUGAUGCUGUGAUUUUUUUGUUAAAAAUGUAAUUCAAUAACCUCUUCAGUUCUUCUUGAAAGAUUUGGAAUUGUUUUUCUGCAGUUUAGUGGCUUUUUGAAUAAAAAAACUUAAAAUUUUCCAAAAAAAUCUCAAAUUUUAGAGAUUUUUAUGAGUAACGAGGCGGAAAAAGGCAAAAAAAUAUUUCUAAUAUUGAUAUAACCAUUAAUUUCUAAUUCUACCAGCAAUCAUUCAGCUACAAGACAUCCAAAAAAUAAAAAACCUGAAUUGAUAUUUUCAGGCAAAUUAUCACAAUGGUUCUGGGUGACCUGCAGUUCAACUUCUACCAUCGCUGGUUCGACGUCAUUUUCUUCAUCUCAGCCAUCGCUUCGAUCUUGUUCCUUUACUUGAUCCACAAGCGAGCUCCUGUCGCCGCUUAUGUUCAUUGAAAACUUCUAUUGAUACGAGUCAAAAAUGAGUUGUGUUUCGCUUGUGAAUACGGUUAUCUAAUUUAUUCAAAAUUUAUGGCAUAUUUUUGUUUGUUUUUGUUGUUGUUGUUGGAUUUUUACUGGUUAGUAAAAAAUAUUUGGAAUUUCAAAAAAUUGAACAAAUGAAAUCAUGUGGGAGUCAGGUUCCAUUCUCAAUUCGCUUGAGGAAAUAUAGGGCUAACCAUUGGCAUGUUUUUUUGUUCAUUUUUUUGUUGUUGUUGUUGGAUUUGUACUGGUUAGUAAAAUAUUUGGAAUUUCAAAAAAAUUGAACAGAGAAAAGUAUGGGGGUCAGGUUCCAUUGAUAAUUGGCUCGAGGAAAUACAGGACUGCCCCUUGGCAUAAUAUUUAACAUAAAAUUCAUGUCGCUCUGACAUUUUUCGAUCUAGGAAUGAGAAAAAGAGUUUGAAUCAGGAAAAGUGUUCCGAAAUUCCGUGCAAAGUCUUCAUCGGAGAGGCUGCUCUCAUCCAGAAGCUUCCGGAUAGAAGAAGGUCUUUGGGCUUCAGCUACAACAUCCGCUAUAUUCUGAUCUCGUGAAAAAGCAAAGUUCCAAAAUACCAUUCUUUAGAUUUGAUCAACUGAAAAUUCGGAAUUCUAGUUCACUAAUUCGGUUUUUCGCGUUAUAACCUAUGACUAAAACAACAAAAUGAAUGAUUUAUUGAUAAAUCACUUAGUUAACCAUUAUCUUGGAUGAACUUCAAUAGCAAAAAUUUUCGAAAGGACGAAGAAUUGUUUUCUAAUUACUGUCUCUACUCUAACAUCAUCUGGGAAAUAUAUUCAAAAAAAAAAAAUUAAAAACCUUAUUUGAAUAAAAUCUUCAAACAAAGCUUUGAUGAAAGAAACUCACCCUUGAUCUUCUACCCUAAUCUCCCCAGACAUCAAAGCUGCGUUCACAAAAAAGGAAAACUUUAGAACUUUAAUCUGAUUCGCAAAAAGGGCUGCAGCCUCACAUUUGACCAAAACGACCAACCGCAACAUUAUUGUACGGCGGAGACGGGUAGCGAUGGCCAGAUAAUGAGGGUGAAGGCGUGUCCCAGCAACUGAGGAAUUCAAAAAAACGGCAGAAGGCGUAGUGUCCGGAGGAAGAACAUCUUCAAACGUCACUCAGUCUCCCUCAGCCUCUCCUGACGGUUCAAUCAUGCUUCUCCUGCUGUUGCAACUUCUGUUGAUGACACGGCAAAGUUAUCAAAGUGGUAAGUGCGGAUCCGAGUGUAUGCUGAUUUUAUCAAUUUCAUUCUUCUUUUUGUUUUUUUUUUUUUCAUUUGAGCUUCCAUGUUUUCGAAUCAUCUUUUUUCGAAAGAUUUGAUUGAACAAAAGGUUUUGAGAUCUACUGGAGGCAUAAAAUAGAGGAUGAAUUGAAGUGAUAUCGAACCUUCCAAAAAGUUUUCUUCUCUUGUAAUAAGCUUGUUUCGUUUUAGCAUUUAUUGGUUCAUGUGCCGCUUAUUCAUAACUGGCUAAAAAAAAUUGGGAUUUUUCGUUUUAAGUCAGCCCUGACUAGAGUCCAAAUGGAGAGUGAAAAGCUCAGAAGCUCUUUGCGUUGUAAUUUUGAAGUUUCGUCUCUGAUUUUGAAGAAUUUUCGUAGGCUUUUCUAGAGAACCAAUGUUAGUCACUUUCAGUUAAUCGCAACAGUUAGAGAAAGUUUUUGAAGCAUUAUGAAUAAAAAAAUUUCUAAAUUCAUUAAAAUGAUUAUCCGUUAACAAACAAAAAAAUUCAGUAAAAUGCAGAGUGUGAAAAACUUUGUGAAAAAAAUGCUUCUUUAAAAAAAUUCUUAAAUUCAGAAUGCUAUGUGUCGAGCUGGACGAGCUGGAGUGAGUGUUUUGGAGAUUGUUUAUUGGCCCAAGCGGUCAGAAAUCGGGACGUCGUCCGACCUCCUCUCCCAGAAGCGCAAGAAGGCCAAAUGCCGUUGCAACGGACUUGUCCGCACCUGUAUGAAAUCAAAAGCUGCCGAGUGGACGGAUGUGUCGAGGUUCGAUUUUCCAAUCAGUUCAAUCUUUUUAAAGCCACAUUUAUCCCCUGUUUGCUUUUAUCUGGGGAAAUUGUGAAUAUUCCGUACUCUCUGAAGUUGAUUUGAAUUGACCCUCGGCGACCUGGUUUCUUAGAAUUUGCAUGAGAAUGGCAGAAAGCAAUGGUACUCAAUGGAAUUUUCUCGGAAUUUGGGUUUGCAGUAUGUUUUAUCGCCGUGGGAUCUAUACAACUGUUUCUUUAUGGGCCUGUCCACUAACCUUAUUUUUUCGUGGAAGUGUUCAAAUUCGCAAGAAAUCAUUUAGAAGGACAAUUUUUCAAGGCUUAUCUAAAUUAUGUCGUUAUGUUACAUCACUUAAGAACAGAAAUUUAUGAAUGUUCAUUUGUUUUUAAAAGAAAAUUGUGACUUAAAAAUAAAAAAAUUGAGUUUUUUUCGCUGUAGACUUUUUGUCUCGGUCUUCUGAGCUUACUUGAAGAUUCAAAAUUCGAAAUUUCUGAUUCUUUAGAAAAUUUCUCAGUGUUUUCGCGGCUUCAAAAAGGCCGACAAAAGGAAUUUCCGAUACACGAUCUCGAAAAAAUAAGGCGUCGAAAACCUUUAAAACUAAAAAACUACGGAAUUCAACAGUGCGGCGAUUUUCCAAAGGAAAACAAGCUUUUGUUUAUCCGGUGCCUAUCUGACGAUUUUAGAAAAAGUACUUCAAGCGUAACCACCCACCACGCGACCAUAUUUCAUCUCAAUAAUCGAAAAACUGCAUGACACUGCUGGGAUCAGGUUUUCUUCCUUGUCUGUCCUGGAGGGUCAAGCUACGGAGACGUAGUCCUGGCUAAGAGGGCAUACUUAUCGGCGUCGGCAAUCUUGAACGGCCUGCGAAAAAUCGGCCACUGGCGCGUGUACGUUUCGCAAAAAAGGCGUGAAAAUCCGCAUUCCUUCCUGCCUCAUUUCAAACAUCGAAAAUCGAUGUCGUUAAUUGAAGCUCUUGCACUUUAACGAUCGAUGUAAUCAGACAAGUUUAGUUGACGCUUCAGGUUGACGUCGGCGGGAGAGGUGCGAGAAAUGGAUACGGAAGGUCUCGAGGGGAAGAUCAUUUGAACAAGUAUGAGCUUGAUGCAGCUGUGCUCCGAGGAACAAAGGUGAGAGCUCGUGACGUUUCCAAUUGUAUGAUUCCUUUUCAGACCCUUUUGCCUAAAGCCAAUAAAAUUGAUCAUCUUCUGGAAAGCUCAGUUCCUGGCGAUGAAGUUACUUCAACAUCAAAACUUUCUGAUGUACUGAUAGACAUUUCUUCGAAAAAAAUCACCAAUUCAGAUUGGAAAAAAGAAAGUGAGUUUUUCAUUUUUUUUUUUUCAAUGACAACGGAACGGUUGCAGAUCUGCUGCGAGAUAACUUCUCGACGACGUCAUAUCGAGAUGAUCCAACUCCAGAAAAGAACCUGUCGCCUUCCGAAACUCCAACUGCCGCGCAGCCCACGACUACUCAACAAUCCAUUGGCACUCCAGAAAACUCAGCGCUUCCUUCUUCGCACUCCGAAGAAAUACUACAUUCCUUCACAAAACGUCGCUAUACAGGCCGCCAUCGCAAGUUCUACCGACAAAGAUAUCAGGGAGAUACCACAGAACUGCCAAUCAACGCUGUCCUCCGAAGGAUUGAAGACUCCUUGGACUUGAGAAAACCCCUUGACGAGAAGUUCAUUAAAACCGCUUUAAAACGCAACCGAAAACUGACCAAAGUUUUGAUGGAUGCCUACAGAAGCAGUCAAAACCAAACAACUGAAGAGCCAGCUGUUAUUGUCUAUCCGACAUUCUCGCCAACAACUGAUUCGACAAUUUCUACAACAGAAAAAGUAUUAUCAGUUAAUUCCACCACGUCUACCGCAGCCUCACAAAAAACGACUUUGAGUACUGAUCUUGAAACUUCAUCCACCCCGACUGAUUCAUCUUUCGUCACAGCUAAAGCGGAAGAAAAAUCUGAAACCGAGUCGACUACACCAGAGCCUUCAACUACCGCUACCACAACUUCUCUGCCUUACUGGCCGAAAACAGGAUACAUUCCGAACACCAGAAAACACGCCUCCGAUAUAACUUCGAAACUCUACAUGACUCAAGAAAUAGUCCAAGUCAUGGCGGACGAGCCACUUCAACGCAGCACCUAUCAUUCCGACUGUAAGAUUUCGCCUUCAAAAAUGAGUCUCAAUCCUGUUUUCCAGGCAAAAUGAACCCAAGGUGUUGCAAAGUGCAAAGAACGGAAUGUGCUGAUGGAAUGGUGCCGAAAUACGUCAAGCGGUACUACAGACCUGUGAGUUUAUUCUUGAUCGUAAUCAAAUCAAACCGUUUUCAGCGUGGGUCAAUGUCUUGCCUCGCUUAUCAUUACCCAAGAUGUUCUCAAACCGAAGAAAUGGAAGAGCUCCCAAUUCUUUUCGAACAGAACUGCCAGGAUAUCUGCUUCGGAGGGUCAGAAAAAAGAAUAAAUCCGUUGUUCAUGUUGGAAUACGAGGAUGAGUAA